UGCAGCAAGCUCAGUGUCUGCACAAUGCGCGCCCUCAUUGUCGCCGUCCUCAUCGCCGUGGCCAGCGGCUCCGGCAUCGGCUACGGCGGACCGGGCAGAGGCUAUGGCGCGGGGCCGAUCGGCGCUGCUGUCGUGAUCGGUAAAAGCCACGGCAGAGGCUACGGAGGCUACGGGCGAGGCUACGGCGGUCUCGGCUACGGCCACCUGGGCGUCGGCAAGGCUGUGGCUGCCGUGCGCCCCGCGCCUAUCGUGCACGGCGUUCAUAAGGCCGUCGCCGUCGACUACGCCGAGCCGCGGCCGUACCACUACCAGUACGCCGUCGACGACCCUCACUACGGACCCAUGUUCAACAAGCAGGAGGAGGCCGACGGUGCCGGUAACGUUGUGGGCUCGUACGCCGUCAACCUGCCCGACGGCCGCACCCAGAUCGUCAAGUACGUCGCCGACGGAUACAGCGGCUUCAACGCCGAGGUCAGCUACGAGGGCUACGCCCAUCACCCGCAGGUGGCUCGCGGCUACGGCUACGGCGGCGGGCGAGUCGGGUACGGCGGCGGCCGUAUCGUGGGUCUGGCGGGGGGCCGUGGCGCCGGUCUGGCGGGGGGCCGAGGCAGAGGUCUGGUAGGGGGCUACGGCAGAGGUCGUGGUCUCCGUGGAGGCUACGGCCGUGUCCCAGUCUACCGGCACUGACCGGGAGCGAUAUGGUAACAGUUGUAUAUUGUCACAGUGGUGUAUUGUAACAGUGGUAUAUUGUAACUGAUGCAUGUUAGCGUAGUUCUGUUAAUGUUUGCAGUGUUGUUGUUGUCUUGUUGUAGGGGAAGGUGGGGGAACACCGCCCUUUGGGGAACACCGCCCACCCCGAUAUCAGAAAUAUAAAAAGGUCUAGCGCGACAGCUGACUGUCUUUUGGCAGCGUAGCGUCAACAGAAGUGCAGGUAUGGGCACUGGGCAGUGCACCGCAUUGGUUUAGGUGAUUUCCGAGAAAUUCCUAAUUCUACGUUUCGUUAAUACGUUUUAUACUUUUUCUAGCAAAAUAAGCAGAAGAAAACUUAUCUUGUUUGACAGAUAUUAGUCCUGAAGUAGUAUAUUUUUUGCCAUAAUUAGGACUGAUCCAAGCAUUACGUGCUCCUGCUCGAGCGAAAUUUUUGUCGUGCUGCCAUAUUAAAGGAUUUUUUUUUUUAAAGAAAAAAUGGAGACACUUGGGUAACACCGCCCACUUGGGCACUUUGGUAUUUAAUAGCACAUUGUGACACCAAACCCAAGAGUGGCGCAUUUCAAAUAAAGAAAGAACGUUGCUGCUAUGUCUUCUUUUUAUUGGAUAAUGCUAAAUUUC